CCUGGCCCUCGCCGCCGGAGCCUCCGGCUCAGCCGCAGCGGGUCUCUGCUGCCCCAGGCGCGGGGGGCGGCCCCGCGGGCGAAUGGACUGCGGCGGUGGGGAUGGGGUGUCGGAGGACGGCGAGGAGGAGGAGAGAGAGGGCUGCAUGGCGGCCUCGCAGGGGUCCAGACUGCCCCGCAUCUCGGGCUGCGCCUCAGAACUGACCAAACGGAAGGUGAAGAAGAAAAAGAAGAGAAAGACCAAGGGGUCUGGGAAGGGGCACGAUAAACAUCAGAGUGGAGGCCUGAAGACUCAGGAGCUGUCUCCAUCCUUCCAUGACAUCUUAAGUCCCAGCAAAGAUCAUGGUCCGGGGCCAGAGCACAGACAGGACAGGGAUGAAAGCAAGCUCACCCCCUCUUACUCCUCUGCCGUAUGUCUCCCCUGCUUUGCCAAAAUAGAAGAGACCCUUUCCAACCAGAUCAACGAAAGUCUGCGUUGGGAUGGCGUUCUCGCCGACCCAGAGGCAGAAAAGGAAAGGAUUCGCAUUUACAAGCAGAACCGGAGGAAGCGGUACCAGGUUUGGGCCCUGAGGGGCUUCCACUCUGGCCCCAGUGACGGGGAGGCCCCAGAGAACCCAGCCUACCUCUCUGAGCAGACGGCGGCAGCGGCGGCCAGCAGCCCUUGCUGACAACCGACAGCCCCAAUCACUGCUUUAAAGGAAACCUUAUCCCAGAGUAGCAGCUCCACCUGAGUGAAAGCCCACCUGC